AUGGCACAGUUCGAACAGAAGCGACAAACAGUGGAAGCAUCUCGAAGCCAAAAUAAUGUUAUGAGACGUUUAAUGGCCGAAAAAUCGUCUGGAAAUAUACCAGGAAUUUACGGACGCCUUGGUGAUCUGGGGGCUAUUGACGAGAAAUACGAUGUGGCGAUUUCAACCACCUGUAAACCACUGGAUUACAUUGUCGUUGAUACCGUUGAUACAGCACAAAUGUGUGUGGAAUUCUUGAGACGCGAAAAUUUGGGUAUCGCUUCGUUCUUGGCACUUGACAAACAGGAGAAGCUUCUUCCUUACAUGAAAAAACCCUCAUCAACGCCCGAAAAUGCUCCUCGACUGUUUGACUUGAUUCGUGUGACUGAUCCAGCGGUACUGCCAGCAUUUUAUUUUGCACUACGCGAUACACUGAUAGUGGACGAUAUCACUACUGCUACACGUAUUGGUAUCGGAGGCAGGCAGCGUUACAGAGUUGUUACGUUGAAAGGCGAAGUUGUUGAAACAAGUGGCUCAAUGACCGGUGGUGGAAGAUCGGAACGAAGGUAC